AUGGUUCUCGAGGCGGUCAUGGUUGUCGUGGACAACAGCGAGAGCAGCCGAAAUGGAGACUACCAGCCGACCCGGUUCGACUCACAAGUAGAUGCCGUCAACGUCGUCUUCCAAAGCAUCACUCAAGGCAACCCCGAGUCGUCCGUCGGCCUGAUGAGCAUGGGCGGCAAGGGACCCGAGGUUCUCGUCACCCUUACCACGGAGCAAGGAAAGAUCCUUGAGGGUCUGCACAGGACGAAGAAGAAGAUUGGCGGGUCGUCGCACUUGAAAACGGGCAUCCAAGUCGCAACGCUCGCUCUCAAGCACCGACAGAAUCGAUCCCAACGACAGCGCAUAAUAGUCUUUGUCUGCUCGCCCAUUGAGGAAGACGCCAAGGAGCUCACGCAACUGGCCAAGAAGAUGAAAAAGGGCAACAUCUCCGUCGACUUUAUCCUGUUUGGCGAUCUCGAUGACGACGGCACCCAGAAAAAGCUGCAGGCGUUCAACGAGGCCGUCAAGGGCAGCGAAGGCUCGCACCUCGUGGUGAUUCCGCCCAGCAGCAAGCUCCUGAGCGACCAGCUGGUGGCCACGCCCAUUCUCCUCGGCGAAAACGCCCCGGGGCCGAGCGGCUCCGGCGACAUGGGCGGCGGCAACGAAGAGUUCGAGUUUGGGUUCGACCCGGCCAUGGAGCCGGAGCUCGCCCUCGCCCUGCGCAUGAGCAUGGAGGAGGAAAAGGCUAGGCAGGAGAAGCGGGCGCGAGAGGAGGAGGAGGAAGCCAAGAAGGCUUCCCUGGAGGGUGUCAAGGAGGAAGACGAGUCGGGCCAGGCGAGCGGGAGCGGAGCACAGAACGGUCAGCAAGGAAGUAAGAAGGACGGUGGCGACAAGAUGGACACGUCCUAG